UCAGUCGGGCGGGCGCUGCGGAGCUGGUCCUGCGGAGCUGGUCCUGCGGCCGCAGCCGGCGGGAUGGUACGCGGAGCAGCUUGGGGCCCCGGCCCGCCGCCCCGCUGCCCGGCCCCGUGCCCGCCGCUGCCGCUGCUGCUGCUGCUGUUCGCGCUGCCCGCCCACGGGACCUACGCUGCGCCCGCGCCCCGCGCCGAAGAGCUCAGCUUGGGGAUGGAGUGGCUGAGCAGGUUCGGCUACCUGCCUGCUGCCGACCCUGCCACUGGGCAGCUGCAGACGCAGGAGGAGCUGUCCAAAGCCAUCUCCGCCAUGCAGCAGUUUGGUGGCCUGGAGGCCACGGGUGUCCUGGACCCGGCUACCCUGGCCCUCAUGCGGACGCCACGCUGCUCUCUCCCGGACCUGCCCCCCGUGGCCCGGUCACGCAGGAGGCGCCAGGCCCAGGCCCCGACCAAGUGGAGCAAGCGGAACCUGUCCUGGAGGGUGCGCACGUUCCCCCGGGACUCGCCCCUGGGCCGGGACACGGUGCGGGCGCUCAUGUACUACGCGCUCAAGGUGUGGAGCGACAUCGCGCCCCUCAACUUCCACGAGGUGGCGGGCAGCACGGCCGACCUCCAGAUCGAUUUCUCCCGGGCUGAGCACAACGACCGCUACCCCUUCGACGGCCCUGGCGGCACCGUAGCCCACGCCUUCUUCCCUGGCGACCGCCACGCCGCGGGGGAUGCCCACUUUGACGAUGAUGAGGCCUGGACCUUCCGCUCCGCGGAUGCACACGGGAUGGACCUGUUCGCAGUGGCCGUCCAUGAGUUUGGCCACGCCAUCGGGUUAGGCCACGUGGCUGCCACCGGCUCCAUCAUGCAGCCCUACUACCAGGGCCCCGUGGGUGACCCGCUGCGCUACGGACUCCCCUACGAGGACCGAGUGCGUGUGUGGCAGCUGUACGGUGUGCGGGACUCCGUGUCCCCCACGGCACAGCCGGACACCCCCGAGCCCGAGGAGCCUCCCCCGCUGCCCGAGCCCCCUGACAAUCGCUCCAGCACCGCGCCCCAGAGGGACGUGCCCCACAGAUGCAGCGCCCACUUCGAUGCGGUGGCCCAGAUCCGAGGUGAAGCCUUCUUCUUCAAAGGCAGGUACUUCUGGCGGCUGACGCGGGAUCGGCACCUGGUGUCACUGCAGCCGGCGCAAAUGCACCGCUUCUGGCGGGGGUUGCCACGGCACCUGGACGGCGUGGACGCCGUGUACGAGCGCACCAGUGACCACAAGAUCGUCUUCUUCCGAGGGCAGCCGCCUUCCCAGGAUGCCCCAUCUGCGGAGGUGGGGCCGCCCCCUGUGCUCCCGCCCCCCACAGGACCCACCCACAGCACAGGCUUCGCGUCCAGCACCUGCCUGGUGACCCCUGCCGAGUGCUUUCAGUGCCGCACGGGCCUUGGGUGCCCCUGGCGAGAGCAGCCGUCACGGUUCCGACAGCUGUGCUGGAACACCGUGGGCCUGGGCUCCUGAUCAUGUUCUCUUCCCUGAGCACUGCUGUGCCCCCUGCCUUUCCCACCCACUGUAUCUGGAGACUCUCCCAUGUCCCUACACAGAACCUCUGCUGGCCAUGGUGCGCACACCUGUGAUCUCAGCACUCGGGAGGCUGAGGCAGGAGAAUCACUGCGAGUUCAAGGCCAGCCUGAACUACACAGUGAGACCCUGUCUCCAAAAAACCAAAAAAAGAACCUCCUCAUCAAAACUGUUUUGGACCCAGGGGUGGUGGAGUGUGCCUGUGACCCUAGCACUCUGGCAGACUGAGGCAGGAGGGUCACAAGUUUGAACCCAGCCUGAGCAACCUAGGGAGACCCUGUCUCAGAAUAAAAAUAAAGCAGGCUCCAGGAAUGUAUCUCAGUGCAGAGACCCUGGGUUCAGUCCCCUGCACUGCAGAACAAGCACUGCAUUGGAAACAGAAAACCCGGAUGUGGUGAAGAGCAGCGGGUGCCCGCGUCCCUCUCCUGGGCAGGGCAGCUGCGAAGCACCGCCCUCUGCUGUCAGACCUGGGUGCACCCUCCCGGCCACGGCACCAUGCCAGCCGCCUCAUCCCACAGGCUCACCCCCCACAGCCCAGCCCCGUGGGGCACAGGAGCAUAACUCGCGCGUGCAGGGUGGCUGGGCCCCUCCAGGCUGCUGCUGGACAGGGCGGACAGGGACUCCUGGGUCCUCUGCAAAGCCCAGGGUGGUGCCUGGGCCUGUGGAUGCUGCGUCUCACUGCAGCAGCUCCCUGGAGAGAGGCAGGCCCUGUGCGCCUCCUGGCCCCCCCCCGCACCGUGCCCGGCCCAGCUUCUGCUGGCUCGGUUUCCUUACCGUCCGAAGGGCCUUGGGCUGCCACUGCCUCCCUCGGGGACCUGGCAGCUCUGACUGCUGCAUAGAGUUGUUGGCAUUUUACCUUAUUUUACUUUAUGGUUUGCAGUUCUGGGGAUCAAACCCAGGGCCAUGCUGGGCAAGUGCCACCCCUGAACCUCAGCCCCUUCUGCUUCAUUUUCAGUGUGUUAAAAGAUAGGUAAUGAAUUUAACAUUGUAACCUUUUCUGUUAUCCUUGCUGUUUCCCAGUAGAGGUAGAACCCUGGGCCUCGCCCAUGCCAGUAAACGCUCUGCCACCAGCUGCACCCAGCCUUUUUUUUUUUUUUUUGGUACGGGGGAUCGAACUUAGGACCUCGCCUUUGCAAGCCAGGCACCGGAACCACUGAGCUAAAUCCCCGGCCCCCACCCUUUAUUUUUUUAAUGUGAGAUGGUCUCUUAAAUUGCCCAGACCGGCUUCCAACUGGCAAUCCUCCUGCCUCAGCCUCCUGAGUAACUGGGAUGACAGUCCUGCGCCACUACACCUGGUCCUUUUAACCACUUAAGUGUGCAGUUCAGGACACAUUCAGUGCCAUGCAGCUGUCCCCGCCACCCAUCCGUGGAUCCUCCCUGCUGGAUCCCAGCCCAUGAAACCCAGGCUCCCUGGCCCCCAUCCUGCUUUCUGUUGGGCGGCCUGAGGCCCUGGGCUGCCUGUGCUCUGAGCUCAGCCUUGUGUGGGGCCAGGAGUCCCCUCCCCUCCUCUACACCUGGUCUGAGCUCUGCAGACCUCAGCCCGGCAGUAGCUUCCUGUCCACAGCGCAGGCUCGCUGGCGUCCACUGUGCUUCCUGCUGACCAAGGUGUGCCGAGCCUUGUCCACCCUCUGCCGUCCAGAGGGCCUGUUGGGUUUUCAGUCUUGGUUUCAUGAGGCAGGGUCCCACUGUGUAGCCCAGGCGGCCUCAAACUCCCUGCCACCCUCCUCCCUCAGCCUCUCUGGUGUGGGGUGACAGGACGUCUUCUUAGAGACACCCAAGGUUUUGUCCACAGAGGGCCUUGAAAUUUUGUCCGGUGCACGUCCUGGGAGGUGUGGAGACCACGUGGGCAGCAGGGUUCAGCCCGGGAAGCUCCCAGUCCUGCGCUGUCGCCCUUCCUGGGUCCCCUUGUGCCCUAAGUGGCAUCUGGAGCGGAGCUUGGGUCCGAGGCAGCCAGCCGCCCAGAGCUGUGGUGUGAGGCGCUCAGUGCACACCAGGGAGGACUCGACUGCCACGGCCACCCCUGCCCAGGACGGCGCAGGGGUGUUCAGGCCAGGGCCGAGCCUGACUGCCCUCUCUGUCUCUGUUUCUGCGCGCUUUGGUGCUCUCGCCCCCAGGAGACCGAUACUGGGUGUUCAAGGACAACAACGUCGAGGAAGGGUACCCUCGGCCCAUCUCCGACUUCAGCCUCCCGCCAGGCGGCGUGGACGCAGCCUUCGCCUGGGCCCACAAUGACCGGACUUACUUCUUCAAGGACCAGCUGUACUGGCGCUACGACGACCACAC